AUGUGGACAGAUUACCAGCGGAUCAAUGUCCUGGCUUACAGUAGGAUGGGAGACAAUGGGUCUGUAGACCAGGAUGUGGUGGUGCAGGUAAAUGGAGCCACUUUUGCAUAUUUUGACAAAGUCAAAGACACCUUUGUCCUUCGCCCCCAUGCAAGUGCAGGAUUUUCUGUGCUGGAAGACACAGAUCAAUCUUUCUGCAAGACAGAGGUGUUAAAAGGAUUUUUUAGACAGACUCAGUACCUGCAUAAGUUGAAAGAAGAAACAAAGUCUGCUAAGUCUCCUCUAGUUAGUCCAUCGGUAAAUAUGUAUUCCCAGUUUCCUGAUGCACAAGGAAAACAAAACUACCUUUAUUGCUAUGCCACUGGAUUCUACCCAGGUGACAUAGAAAUUAAUUUUUUUCUUAACGGACGUCCAUCCGCUAAGAAGGUCAUGACCUCUGACUUGGUCUACAGUGAAGAUUGGAAAUAUAAACUCUUCAGCUACAUUGCCAUCACUCCACAGCCUGGAGAGGAAUAUGCCUGUCAGGUGAAGCACAGCAGUAUGUUAGAGCCCAAAGUGACCACAUGGAGUGAGUCAUCAGUAUUUUACCUGUGA